UCUGGUCUGGAACUUUUUCUGUUCCUAAUAAUUCUCAGCUCCUCUCUCUCUCUUGGUCAUAGCCUCUUUGCAAAGGAGAAUCUGCACCGCAUGACUGAGCAACAGCUGAACCUCUAUGACCGUCUAAUCAACGAGCCCAGCAAUGACUGGGAUAUUUACUACUGGGCGACAGAAGCAAAGCCUACCCCAGAGGUGUUUCAGAAUGAAGUGAUGGCGAUGCUGAAAGAAUUCACCAAGAACAAGAACAGAGAGCAGAGGCUGCGACAGCCAGACCUGGAGUACCUCUUCGAGCCACCCAAGUGAAGGCACCCUGUUGUCUCCAGGACCAUCUUUUCAGCCGUGGGAGUAGAGGCUAAGGCUCUGGACUUCUUUGGAAAUCUGCACUGCUGAUCUCCCUCAACAUGAAAUCCUCCACUCAGUGGUUGCGCCCCACUGAAUAAAGAGUCAAACACUU